AUGACCCUCUCAAUCGUAUAUCGCAUUAUGUCGCUCAUGGUCUCCUUCUUGCCUGUGCGUUUCCGUGCCAAGCUGUGGACGUACCUGAUGCAUGUCGGGGUUCGUCAAUGGCCACGCGAAAGCGCUGCCCAGCGCAUACCUGGAGGCAUGUAUGUCAAAGCAAGCUCGCUCAUCCGCCUUAGCGAAGGUCAAGUCCUCCGUUACGUUGGGGCUCACACUUCCCUACCGGUUCCAGUCGUUGUCGACAAUUUCACUUUCGGAAGGAAUACGUUCCUUGUUAUGUCUCGCCUGACUGGCCAGCCACUGAGCGAGGUGUACGUCGAUAUCACACCAGAGGUAGAAGGCCUCUUAAGUGCGCAGCUCUCUCGAAUCUUAGCGCCACUUCGAGCACUUCCUCCUCCGUCGGACGCCGUUUGCGGAUGGGACAAUGGCCCGGUUCACUGCGAACGGGUUGCUUUUGGUUCUCCGCCAGUCGGGCCUUGGGAGUCAGUUGCUGCCUUCCACCACGAACUGAUGGCACGUACGAGACGAUUGGUUGUUCCUGAAGAGAAGACCGAGGUAGUCCACGACGUUGUUCAGCGGGCCCAUUCACGCACCCAUCGUGUGUGUCUCACACGCAACGACCUGGGACCACACAACGUCCUGGUGGAUGCCAGCUGGAAAAUCACAGGCAUUAUCGACUGGGAAGCAUGUGCAUGGAUGCCUGAAUACUGGGAACUCACAAAAGGGACUUUUCUUCCUCAGUGUCGAAAAGGUCGUUGGAAUAGGAUCAUGACCGCUGUUUUUCCGAUGUAUGCGCUUGAGCUGGAAGCGGAGCGGUACAUCGUGAACUACAGAGAGUGUUACGCCUGA